AUGCAGAAAGGGGAUAAAUUACCGCUCCGUUCUUCUCCGCCUCCUCAAACUGCCUCUGGGGCUGGGCGCAGGCAGCCGCUGUGUUGGCGCAUCCAGCGCCUCACCCGCGUGCCGAGCGGCCUCCUCCUGGCUGGCGCCCCGCUGCCGCCGGUACUGGGUUCCCGUGGUGGCGGCGCUGCUCUUUUGAAGGCCUUCCGGACCCAGGAGACAAGGGAACGGAGGCUGAGGCACGAGGGGGUCUUCCGAUGGUGCUUUUCCACACGGGCCUCGUUCCCUCCGGGCUCCAGGUGUUCUUCUGCAUUGUCGCCAGGCGGGGGCCACAGCCUCUCCGCAGCAGGCCAGCAGAGGCGGCGGCGGAGGGCUGCUGCUGCAGGGUCCCAGGUCGUCAAGAAGGGCACUUCUGCUCUUCAGGAGGUUCGAGUCUCCAGCAGCCUCCAUCCUGCUGGGCAGGGAGCGCAGGUCCUGCAGCUGGGACUUCAGCUCCCCUCCUGCCACCUUCUCCUUCUCCAGGCCGCCCUGAUUCUUCUUCUUUUGGGGACACUUUCGGCCCACAUUGGUCGCUGGCAGAGGCGACGGAGGCCUGUGCCCCUUUGUGGGGGGGACCUUCCUGCCCGAUCGGGGGUCCCCACUCUCUCUGUCCUCGGGGGGCUGGUAGCGGGGGCGCUCAUGGUCUGUCCCAUAGCAGAGGAAGUUGCUCGUGGAGGCACCUGAGUCACUCAGGGGCGUUUCCUCCUCCUCAUCAUCGCCCAGGUAGUAAGCCUCAUGAUCUGUUGCGGAACUUUCCGGGCGCUCUGGCUUAGUGGUGUCAGCAGGGAGGACCACAAUCACUCUGGGCCACAGGUGCUGUUCUUUCCUUUCGCCGGAUGGGGGCCACAGCCCCUCCGCAGCAUCCGAAUUAUUGUGGGGCAGCCCUUGGCUUUCUUCUGGGGGGAUGGCUGCCUCCU